CUUAGCCACUGUACAAGCUUAUGCAUCUGGUUUUAGUCUUGGUGACACUGUGCUUUCGACACUUGUGUUUUGGUUACUAUACUUGUGUGCCACUUGGGUUCUAGGGUUCCACGCCAUCUGAAUGAUCUGACUCGUUCGAAUUGCAAAGUAGUCUUAGAAUGGAGAAAGAAGCUGAUAACAAGUUCAGAUGGGUGAUUAAAAAUUUCUCAUCUUUGGGAUCCGAGAGAGUCUUUUCUGAUAUAUUCGUAGUUGGUUCUUGCAAAUGGCGUCUUAUGGCCUAUCCCAAAGGAGUUAGGGAUAAUAGAUGUUUCUCUCUGUUUCUGGUUGUUACUGAUUUCAAAACUUUGCCUUGUGACUGGAAACGACACACAAGAUUGCGCCUAAAUGUUGUUAAUCAACUCUCGGAAGAACUUUCCAUACUGAAAGAAACACAAAUGUGGUUUGAUCAAAAGACUCCGGCCUGGGGUUUCUUAGCAAUGCUUCCUCUUACCGAACUUAAGGCUGAAAAUGGUGGGUUUCUGGUGAAUGAAGAGGUCAAAAUUGUUGUGGAGGUUGAUGUUGUUGAAGCUCUUGGCAAAUUAGAGGAAUCUGAAGAGGCAACACAACCUCUGAAAAAGGUAAAGCUAGAGGCUUUUGUGGAAUCGAAAGGUUUGCUUAAGGAAACUUCAUCAGUAAAGGAAGAAAUCAUUGAUGUCAAUGUGUUUCAUGUUCUUCCUUCCCAGGUGGAAUUUGUAAGCCGUGUUUUUGAAAGAUACCCAGAAAUUGCAUCAAUAUUCCAAGCAAAGAAGCAACAUUUGAGAACAGCAUGCAUGUAUGUCCUCCUAAGUCUUAUUGAGACACUGUGCAAGUCACUGGAAGAGCUCUCCAAUGAUGAUCUUGUGGGAGGAGACAAUGCGUUACAAUACCUGAAGUUUUCUGGCUUUAAGGUUGAUUGGUUGGAGAAGAAGCUGGAGGAAGUUAAGGAAAAGAAGAAGGAAGAACAGAUUGGUGAAACUCGUAUGCAAGAAAUGAAAGUUUUUAAGCAGAAGUGCUCAGAUAUAGAAGCUCUUAUGGAGAGAGAGAAGUCAAAGUUGUUGGUCACCAGAGGUUCUCCUCUAACGUUGGAUGAUGUUCUUUGAAGACUUACGUUCUCUACUACGUUUGUUCUGGUACUGUGCGUUUGCUGUCUAGGUUUCAAAAUAAGAGACUUCCCCAUGAAAUAAGAAGUUCCCAUUGUAAAGACCUUUAACGCAAGUUUUUUGGUUAUAGAUGUUAGCAAAAAUCUGUCUUUAACGCUAGUUUUCAAUUGUUAUAAGAAGCUGAGGAUUAUUUAUUUGGUACACUAAUUUAGUUUUCGUGAUUCUGUCUCCCCCUUAGUUUCAUUGCUUGUGAUAAUUUUUGACGCUGC